AUGCUUGAUAGUGCUAGCAUAGAUCGUGAUCCAAUUUUCAAGGGGAUGUAUAACACCGUUCACAUUGACGAGAAGUGGUUUUAUUUGAAAGAAAAGUCGAAGAAGUUUUACUUGGUCCAUGAUGAAGAAGAUCCAAUUUUCAGUUGUCAAAGCAAAAAUUACAUACCAAAAAUCAUGUUUUUAGUGGCCAUUGCUAGACCAAGAUUUGAUGCACAAGGAAAAGAAAUAUUCUCCGGGAAAAUUGGUGCAUUUCCCUUAAUAACAAGAGAGCCAGCUAGAAGGUCUAGUGUAAAUAGACCUGUUGGUACACUUGAGACAAAACCAAUACAAUCGAUUACUAGAAAUGUCAUCAAGAAAUGUGUGCUUGAGCAAGUUGUACCUUCCAUGAUGGAACUAUGGCCAAUUGAAGAAAGGGGUCAACCAAUAUUUAUUCAACAAGACAAUGCAAAAACACACAUUGAUUCUGAAGAUCAAGAUUUUCGUUGUGUAGCCUCACAAAAUGGAUUUGAUAUUCGUUUGGUGCGUCAACCACCAAACUCUCCUGAUUUAAAUGUUUAA